AUGUUAUCGGGGAUCCUCGUAUUUAAUCAGAAGGGCGAGAACCUCAUCUUUCGCGCCUUCCGCAGCGAUUGCCGUCCGCGUCUUGCCGACAUCUUCCGCAUCCAAGUCAUCUCCAACCCGCAGGUCCGCUCGCCGAUCCUGACCCUGGGCUCGACGACCUUCAGCCAUGUCAAGCACGAAAACAUCUACCUGGUAGCAGUGACCAAAAGCAAUGCCAAUGCAGCACUGGUCUUCGAGUUCCUCUACCGGCUGAUCAUGCUGGGUAAGAGCUAUUUCGGGAAAUUCGACGAAGAAGCCGUCAAGAACAAUUUCGUCCUGAUCUACGAGCUCCUGGAUGGUAAGACAACGCCCCUUCAAGUCCCAAUUCCAAGUCCCAACCAAGCUAACGACCCAGAAAUCCUCGACUUCGGCUACCCCCAAAACACAGACCCAGACACCCUCAAAAUGUACAUCACAACCGAAGGCGUCAAAUCCGCCAUCGCCAACUCCCCCACCGACUCCUCCCGCAUCACCCAACAAGCAACAGGCGCGCAGUCCUGGCGCCGCGCAGACAUCAAAUACCGCAAAAACGAAGCCUUCGUCGACGUCAUCGAAGACGUCAACCUCCUAAUGUCUGCAACAGGCACCGUCCUCCGCGCAGACGUAAACGGCCAGAUCGUCAUGCGCGCUUACCUCACCGGCACCCCAGAGUGCAAGUUCGGCCUCAACGACCGCCUCCUCCUCGACCCUGGCGAGUCGUCUUCCAACGGCCGCGGCACGGGCUCUGGCCAAGGCACCUCAAAGGCCACUCGCGCCGCGGCAGGCUCGGUCACCCUCGAAGACUGCCAGUUCCAUCAGUGCGUUAAGCUGGGCCGGUUCGAUGCGGACCGAAUUAUUUCCUUCGUGCCGCCGGACGGAGAGUUCGAGCUUAUGCGCUACCGCGCGACCGAGAAUGUCAAUCUGCCGUUUAAGGUCCAUCCUAUUGUGAGGGAAAUUGGAACGACCAAGGUCGAGUACAGUGUGGCUAUUAAGGCGAACUAUAGCUCGAAGCUGUUUGCGACCAAUGUGGUUAUUCGCAUUCCGACGCCGCUUAAUACCGCCAAGACUACUGAGCGGACGAGUCAGGGGAAGGCCAAGUAUGAGCCUGAGCAGAACAAUAUUGUUUGGAAGAUUGCGAGGUUCUCCGGACAAUCUGAGUUUGUGCUUAAUGCUGAGGCAACGCUUACUUCUAUGACGCAUCAGAAGGCUUGGAGUCGGCCGCCGCUGAGUCUUUCGUUUAGUUUGCUUAUGUUUACCUCUUCCGGGUUACUGGUGCGCUAUCUCAAGGUCUUUGAGAAAAAUAACUAUAGCUCGGUUAAGUGGGUGCGCUAUAUGACUCGUGCGGGGAGUUAUGAGAUUCGAUUCUGA